CCCGGAUACAUGUGCUGCUGGAAGCAAGUGCUCUCGCUCAUGACCGUGAUUUCUUUGCUCAAAAAACACCGUGCGUGUUAUAUCGGUGGUAAUUGGUUUGUAAGAUACAAGUAUGAUGUAAUCUGUUAUUGUAGAACUGAUGUAUAACAUUUGCAGUCCAAUAAGGUACGUGAACCAUAUGAAGAAAUAGCCCCUACGUCUUUCGAACUAGCCAUCCGGCUAACACAUGUCCAUAUUCAUACACGUGUCUGACCUACCCGAACAUGGAAAAAGAUUCGUUUUUGACCGAAGCUUCUCUCCUUUACAAAGACACCUGCCCGGAGCUGGCUCGAUUUCUCAUGCACACCCAGCAGAUGGAUGACGACGCGUCGCCCACAGAGGCGCUGUGCCCGUUCUGCUUCCAGUGGCGGGAGCCGGACAACCACCGCGUGCGUCUGCGGCCCAAGCGCCGGCCCUCGGCCCGGCUGCAGAGGCUGCUGGGUAGGGAGGCCAAGGGCCGCAAGCUCAGCCUGGAGGAGAAGGACGCCCUCUGCAGGUUCCGGAGGUCCUCCAGCUGUCUGAUGGCCACUUGUCACACCUGCAAUAAGCCGUCCAGAAGAGCUGGACCAAACCGGGACUUUCUCACAACUCUGGCGAAUAACCCAAACACCCCGAGAAGUGCAGGCAAGCGCAAGAGCCCACAGUCGGCCAGCAAAGGAACCAUGUCUACUCCUAACUCAUCCUCCAGUCAGAAAACACCUUUUAGCACACCAAGGGUCGCGUCAUCCGACUCCGCCAGUUCUUCGAAGUCUGCAAAUGUGAAGAAGUCAGCGUUCUCGCGGCUGAAGAAGCUCCUGAUGCUGGAAGACAGCCCCAAGACCAAGAAGGGGGGCCUGAAAGACUUCCUGUCAGCACUCUGAAAGUGUUGUUGCUGCGUCUGCCAUACCAGCUGAAACCUUAUCGAUGGGCCUCUAGCCUAUUUAAAAGGUCUCUUCUGCAUCAGGCCAUAAGGAGACUGUAGCAAGCUGGUUCGAAUGGGGAAAGAUGUGGUCACCUGUCUGGAGGACCUGUGGCUCCUCCUGCUGGGCUUGUAAGCGCAGCAUAAUUUCUAAGGCUUGUGUACUCUUUCCCUUAUAUCCCAGGGCCAUGCUAAGGCUAAAAGCUAAGGGAAAUGCUAACGUGAUGUGGCCCGCUUCAUCAGGCUUCUCUCAGAGAGCAUUCUGACCUCUGCAGGCCCCUGCUUGCCACUCCUUUCAAUCGACACUCUUUAUCAGAGUGGUUUGGUUUCUUCCCACACUCGUCCUAUCAAAAUAGAGGGGAGUUUUGAAUUAUAAUUUGUGACAUAUACUUUUUUCUUACUACACAGUAUGUUAAGUGGCGUUUACAAGUAAUUCAUUUUGUUUUUCUUUUGUAUCGCUGACAUGUGUAUAGAUCACUUUUUUUUUACUUCAAUUUUGAGAGUGAAAAAAACAUGGGAAAUACCCAUGGCUGUGUAUUUAUUUUUCUGUGUUGUUAAGAUCACAGUGCUGAACUCUUUUUUAAUAAUCACAAAAUAUUUUUUCAUACAGAUGGGUGCUGGUAUCAUGGAAAAGGUUUAGGCGAUGAAAAUGUUUACAUGUAACUCCAAGCAAAGACCAAAGUCGAGCUUUUUUGUAGUUGAUACUUUGACAGGAAGAAUCCUUAUUCUGCCUUUAUCGAAUUUAGUUGAUUUAUAGACUAGUAAAGUAAUCAAGUAGACACAAGAUGCUGUCAGUCAUAUUUGAAUUUGUAUAAUGUUGGUGCUGUUCCAAUGUAAUCAUUUCACCCCUUUUGUAAUAUGUUCAAAUAAUAAAACAAAUG